AUGGCACACAAUCAUUUCCUUUUACUUUACAUAAUUCUAGUCGUUCUUUCUUCACUUGACUCCCACUUCAUUGAUGGAUCUCUAACCGAGUCACUUCUUAAAACCCCUUACCAAAAACUUGCUCACUUGGAUGAUGAGGAGUCACACAUUUAUGUUCCGCCCGAGUCUUUAACGGAUCUCCAAGUGCGAAGACCAAAUCCAACUCGCAGUAGCAUCAAAUCUAUGAUCAAGACCACCACAGGAAGAGUCACACACUUUUUCACCACCCAAACCUCUGAGAGUCCAGUUUUGACAAGCUGGGAAGUCUGUUAUGAUAUCUCUAAAAAGGUUUCUCAAUCAUCCCGGUCUCCUAACGUAAACAGAUUGGCCGCGGCUGUCCUGAAAUUGGGACCUCGAUUAGUUGUUCAUCAAGAUGACACGGAUCAAAUAGAGCAUUUAAGACGCACAAUUGAUCUUUUCUAUCUUUUUCUUGAGGAGGAUUUCAUGAACACAGCGGAAAGGCUCUGGUCUGUUGGGGUACUCUCAUAUCUGAGACCUCAAAGUCUGGGGUAUCGAAAUUUUCCAAUUCCCAGUUUCUGGACAGCCAAAGACAUAUAUAGGCCUCGUGGAGAUUUUCUGAUUUUUCUUUUCAAAGACAAAGAUUUGGGGCGAGUAAUUCGGGAUAGCUCGUCAGAAUCCCCUUCGGAACUAGAGACAUCCGAACAAGUCGUCCAGGAGGCAGUUCGAAGGGAUGAGAUCGUGCAUCUCAUUCAAACCCAGAUGGCCCACCGUAACCCAUCAAGAGAUUUUCAAAACAUUUAUCUCGCGUUCACCAACUUGAAAACCCCAAUAGAUUCCGAGAAAGCCUCAUUGUUGAUGAAAUCGAUUGGAAAUAGUCUGACUCGCCCAAAAAGUCUAAAGGAGAAUGGCUUUGAUGAGGAGGCAAACAUAAUUAGAUUGCUCUUGCAUCUCGAGGAAUAUCAUUAUCAGAGUUAUGCACAAUUCACAGAACUAAUCAAUAAACCAGAAAUUCGGAAAAAGAUCCUUGUGAAUGACAUAAAUUUUCAACUUUCAGACGAGAAACACCCUGAAAACGUUAUUCGACUUUUGCAAGAAUUUAAAGAGACAAAGACUGUCAAUGAACAACAUCUUCCCGAAAUCUUGGAGAUCUUGAAACAGGAACAAAUGUCGAUCCCUCAACUAGGACGAUUCUUUAGAGUACUCAGCUUGGUAUUCGUAGGAAAUCACCAGAUGUAUAAAUCUCUCCAGCUCCGACUGGGUGAAACCUCUAAGAUGAUUCCAAAACUCUUCCAGGGAUUGCUAAAAUAUCGCCAUGGUCAAAUCAACCCGCUCAAGUUUGAGUGGGGAGCUCUCGAGUAUCUAGUCUUUCUUAAAAAUGAAGACCAAGUAAUGGAGAAAUAUCGAAAUGAGCUCGCGAAUGAGUUGUUAUCCGGUGGCGUGCUUUCGGAGAAUGAGAUCGCUAGACAUGGACGAAAUUUACCUAAUGAUACCAAAAAGGACAUCGUUGAUGGAAUGCUAUAUAGGAUUUUCAAGAGUUUGGCGGAAGCCAGAACACCUCAGCACGACCCGGACACACGUGACAAACUUAUAAAAUACUUCAUUUACCUCCUCGCUUUCAAGAACGAUGAUAGGAUGCUAUACCGUUUGUUUCUAGCCCCUGAGCACGAGCCAGAGAAAUCCUCCUCCCAUCAAAUAACGGGUUACCGGGGACUCAGCAGUCAAGUAUCUAUUUUUGUCGAGAAAGGGUCUUGGUGGAAUCGCAAAGGCGGACUGGGUUCGUUCAAAAGAGUUCUUCAGAUCCUUGAAAAUGAGAUACAUAGAGAUGAGAUGUAUCUUGUGGAACAUCAGAGCAGUGGAAGACAAGCACUUCUCUACAUAAGAUUCUGCUUUAAUAAGGCCGAUACAUAUCGUUGCUUCCCGUGUUGA